CAGGGUUGCCCCGCAUUCGGGAAAGAGAACGACACUGCAUCUUGCGUCCAACGCGAACGAUCCAAUCAUACCAUUCCCGGAUUCCUGUUUAGGUAUCCUCUUUCUCCACGAAUCUGCAGUUUGAGCUUCUUGGGGUUGAGUCACACUAAUGGUGGACGGCGUAACAUUAUCCGACGGAGCUCCGAAUCGCUUGCGAAGCUUCUCACCCUUUCCUCCGCCCGGGCUUGCCCCGACAAGUGCCAAAGCAACGACUCCCAGGCUGAUUUUCUCUUCCAUCACCGCCAAUCUGUCUCAUCACCAUCAUCGCGAGAGUCCACAAUGCCCGACGCCACCGCCACCGCAACCGACGCGCCCAGCCCGGCCGGGCUCCCCGUGUCGUGCCUGUGCGGCCACAUCCGGCUGACCACGCCCUCGCGCACGCCGAUGGGCAUGGCCUUCUGCCACUGCACCGCCUGCCGCAAGCAGUCGGGCUCGGCGUUCGGCGCGUCCGUCUACUUCCCGACGGACGCCGUGUUCGGCGCGCUGCCGGCCGAGACGCGCGAGCGGCUGGCCGUGUUCGAGCACCCGACCGACAGCGGCGGCACGAUGCGCUGCUUCUUCUGCCCGCGCUGCGGCGUGCGCAUCUUCAACGCCGCCGUGCUGCCCGACGGGCGCACGCUGCGGCCGGGUGUCGCGUUCAAGGCGGGGGUGAUUGAUGAGGGGCUGGACUGGCAGGCCGAGGGGUGGAAGCAUAUCUGGACAAAAUCAGCCGUGGUCAAGCUUCAGGAGGGAUGGGAGUGCUUUGAGAAGGGGGCGCCUCCACCUCCCAUUCCGCCGAAGGAGGAGGGGCAGUGAGAGUUAUGGGCAUGGAAGGGUUAGGGUUGACUGUCUAUCCGAUGUUAGGUUGGGGCGACAGCGUCAUCUCCGCUUGCUGAGAGCUCGCUCAACCCAGAUGCCGCUCCCAUGUUACACUACACCGAGCAAACCUCCAAGAAUGCCGUCGCCUCUUACAUGUGCCCUCAAAUUGGCAAAUCCUCGACAAGUACAAGCAUUCCGU